AUGAAAUCGAUAUCAUAAUAGACACGAUCUUUGAUUCAUAAAUAACAAGACUUGGGAUUAAUAGAUUCUAGAAUUUCUUAAUUAAAAUAGUAAUUAUAAUUGUAAGAAUCAAACAAUCAUAUUAUUGAAUUCAAGGUUAAUAAAAUUUUGGAAACUAAAAAGAACGCAUCUAAAGAUUAAUCUGAUGUAUUAUCUGUACUUUAUUUAUCUAGUAUAGUAGAAGAUUAGAAAACCUUAAUUAAGAAUAGCAAAACAGAAACAGUAAAAUUAAGUUAUUGAAACAUUUAAAAGAGGAAGAUUCAAUAAGAAGAAAAAGAGAUUUAGAUGAAGAGAAACGACUUGAAUAAGAAGUAAUGAAAGAACGAUCAAUGCUAUAUUAAUUGCAAUACAAACAUAGUUAAAAUGAAGAACUUUAACAAAAAUAAUAGUAAUUCUAAAAGGUAAAUUUUACCAGAUAUAAUUUAACAGAUUUAAGAAUAGAAAUUCAGAAUGAAAUAAAAAUUAGAUUUGAGAAGAAUAGAAAAAAUUGAAAACGUUAGAAAUUCAUAAAUAAAGAAGAAAGUAGAACUUUCAGUUAAAUUUGAUUUGUAAUAAUAGGAAUAUUAAUAAAAAAUUGAAGAAGAAUAAUAGUUAUUAAAGUAAUUAUUAGAUAAAAUAUAAUAGAAAAUUAUCAUUCUCAUAAUUGAGAUUUUAAGCUCUUAAAGAUGAUCUUGAUUUGGCUUAGAAGAUAUCUAUCAGAGAUUAUACAAACUCUGCAACAAAUUAAGGUUUUGCAAAACAACCAUUUGAUUAGGCUAAAGUCUAAAAAACUAUUUUAACUAGUCCUUAUGCUUAAAUACCAUCUAUAUUAAAUUAAAAGUAUGCUUCUCUAUAUAAUAUAGGGAUGUAGAUUAAUUGAAUUUGCUAUCUAAAUUAUUGAAACCUUCUUUCAAAGAUCAAUAAUAAACGACUGAAAGAUUAAUCAAGAAAAAAAAUUAAACCCAUUUUAAUACUCAACUUUCUGAUAGAACACAUACAAAAGAAAAUUCAUCUAAAUUUGAUACAGAAACUAGUUAAACUCAAAAAACUAAAUUCUAAUUUAUUAAGAAAUAAAAUAAUUAAUAGAAUGCUUCUCGUAAAGCAUCCAGUAAUAUUAAUGAAAAUUAAGAUACAGAUAAAAUUUUAAAUUAGGAUAUCUAAUCAAAUAAUUAAAAUAAUCAAAAAGUUGAAGAAGAUAAUAAAGAAAAUUAAUAAAAAAAUAAUUAUGAAUAAGAAAAUUAUGAAGAAGAUAAUUCUAAUGAAGAUAAUUAUAAGGAUGAUAAUUAUGAAGAUGAUAAUUAAAAUUAAUAGUAAAAUAAAGUUGAAUUACAUGAUUAAACUUAGGAAAAAAAUUAAUAAAAUCAAGAAGAAUUUUAAGAUGAAGAAUAAUAUCCAGCUGAUGAUGAUUAUGAAGAAUAAUGA